AUGCAGACCAACGGUACAAUUGAUAGAAAUGUCAAAGACUAUCAAACCUUGAUGAGUCCAAGACAGUUGCUAACGGAUCUCCCAAGAACAGAUGCGAUGACCCAGGCAGUCCAAUAUGGCAGAACAAGCAUCAGAAACAUCAUGGAUGGCACCGAUUCACGAAAAUUUAUCAUUGUUGGACCUUGUUCCAUCCAUGAUACAGAACUCGCUCAUGACUAUGGGGCAAGAUUGAAAGAAGUUUCAGACGCUGUCUCAGAUCGCUUAGUUGUUAUAGUCAGGUCUUAUUUUGAAAAACCUCGCACCAAUUUAGGUUGGAAGGGCUUAAUCUACGACCCACAUCUAAAUGGAGCAGGAGAUAUCAAGGAUGGCUUAUAUAUCUCACGAAGGAUAUUAAUGGAUAAUCUUGAAAUCGGGUUACCAUGCGCCACUGAAUAUCUUGAAACCUUCACGCCUCAAUAUAAUUCUGAUCUGGUUUCUUGGGCAGCAAUUGGGGCGCGAACAACUGAGUCUCCACAACACAGACAACUCGCUUCGGGGCUUUCGAUGCCGGUUGGCUUCAAAAACAGCACUCAGGGCGACAUCUCCGUUGCGGUCAAUGCAAUUCUAUCUGCAAAUGGUGAACACUCUUUUCUCGGAAUCGAUGGAUACGGUGCUCCCUCUGUUGUGAAAACAACGGGUAAUCCAUAUACCCAUAUUGUGAUCAGAGGGAGUAAUACAGGUUCAAAUUAUGACGCACAAAGUGUUCAGGAUGUUCAAGCCAUGCUGAUGGAAGCUGAAGUGCCUCCAAAUGUUGUGAUCGAUUGCAGCCAUGGAAAUUCAGAGAAAGAUUACAGCAAGCAGCCCAUUGUUUUUGAGGAAGGAUUAAAACAGAUUCAUGAUGGAAAUGAUAGGAUUGUGGGAAUCAUGUUAGAAUCAAAUAUUAACGCUGGGAGCCAGAAAAUACCUUCGGAUUUAACGGGGUUUGAUCGAUCCACGCUUGAAUACGGAGUCUCCAUCACCGAUAGCUGUAUUGAUUUGGAAACAACCGCUUCAUUGCUUAAGGCUGCACAUAAAAGCCUCGCGUAG